AUGGAACACUAAAAUUAUUGUACAUCAGAAAACGGAGUUAGAGUUUGUAAUGUCAGUUCUACAUUACCUAAUUGUGCAGCUGAUAACAUUCUGAUCUAAGAAAGAAAAUCAUUAUGGAUGUCCUUAGCAGGAUUGCCUUAAUAUAUUACUCUAGAUUUGUCUCAAGUUUAAGAAAGACCAAAAUUUAUCAAAUGUUUCGGUUUCGAUUGUUGGCAUGAUUAUUAAAGCAAUCCAUCGGUAAUUGAGUUGAUGGUAUCAUUAAAUGGCGAAAAUUUUAUCACUUGGACAACUUUGUAUCCUGAAUUGAAACAAGGAAUAUAAUUGUUUUAAAUCGAUCCUUUAGGAACUAGAUAUCAAUUUAUUAAGAUCAUUAUCAAGGAGACUUUUGGUGCUUCUAAAACUUAUUUGAAUUAAGUAUAUUUACUUGAAGAAUAUGCAAUGAUCAGUACAGAGAGUGUUACUGAAUCUUAGCAAUAGACUGAAAAUAACAAUAGUUAAUAUAAACAUCAAUUCGAAAAAGAAGAACUUGAACAUCAUGAAAGAUCAGAUAGAAUGGAUAGAUUUGAAAGAUUGGAUAGAAAUGAUAGAAAUGAAAGAAACGAAAGAAAUGAAAGAAACGAAAGAUAAGAUGUUAAAAUAAAUGAAUAUCAGGAUUUAGCAUAAAAAAUUCAUAGUAUGGGAAGAGAAGUUGCAAGUUUAAAAUAGAGUCAUUAAUAAGGAAAGUCUAGUUAAUCAUAAACUAAGCAAGGGUUCCAUAAAAGUAAUAUCACAGAAGAUGUGCCAGAUUCUUAUUAAAGAUUGACAUCAACAGAAAGAAUGGUUCUGGAUAUAUAGAGCAAAAAUUUGAAUGAGAUUAAUAUAUUGAAAAAGGAAGUGUAAGAUUGGAAGGAUAAAUGUGAACAAUUGGAGAGUUAAGUUUAACGAUUAUAUAAGAUGGUUACUCAAAUUAAGGAUAAAUAAUAAGAAUAGGAAGAUUCAAUCCAUAAAUAUAUUUAAUAAAAUUAAAGUGAAGUUAGUUUUGAUGCCAAUAAGAGAUAAGUUUACAAUACUGGUUAAAUAACUCAACAAUAAACUUAACAGCCUCAAUAAGUAACUCCUUCUCAGUAGCCUUAACAAUCAUAACACCAAAUGAACAAGUUUGAAGAUGUAAUUGAUAAGAAGAUAAGUGAAUUAUCAGGAAACUUCUAGGUCUUAUUUCAAUAAUAAGAAUCUAAGUUUAAAAAUCAAUAAAAAGAGUUGGUCAAGAGUUUCAAGGAUUAUGUGCAAUAGGAAUAUACUUAAGAAAAGCAUAAAGAUUAUGAUAAAAAGAAGCCAGCUUCAAGGGGGAGAUAGAAAUAGAAAUCAGCUUCAAAAUCUUCUUCAGAAAAAUCAUCUCAUAGUUCUUCAAGUAGUUCGAUCAUAAAUUUCAUUAAAUCUAAGAAGGCUUAAUCUAAAUCAAGACAACAAUCAAAGUCUCAUCUGAAAUCAUUGCCUAGAUCCAGAUCUCCUGUUGAUGACAAAGAAAACGAUAGAUAUGAGAACAAUAGACUAUCUCCAAAACAAAGAAAGGUGGCAACAUUGUUGGGCAAGUUGCAAUAGAAGUUAUAAAAAAGAGCUAAGAAAAUAGAAUAAUUAAACUUAUCUCAAAGAAAGACAAGGAAGAGAGGCAGCAUACAGAAUUCAAUGGAUUAGUCUAACUCAUCUGAUUAUUGA